CGGAUUCCAAACAUCUGCAGGAAAUGUCUUUAUUCUCAAAAUGGUUAUCAACGGCGACUGUGCAAGGGAUGUGCCGUGAGCUGCGGCUCACAGUUCCCUGGGGCCACAUUGCCGCUAAGGCCUGGGGAAGUCCGGACGGCUGGCCUGUGUUGUGCCUGCACGGCUGGGCAGAUAACGCAAACUCUUUCGAUCGACUCAUUCCCUUGCUCCCAGAAAAUUAUUAUUACGUGGCACCAGAUUUUCCUGGACAUGGGAAGUCAACACACCGACCCCCUGGUGUAGCGUACUACAUCCCCGAAUACAUCUCGGACGUGCGGAGAAUAGCAGAGGGGUUAAACUGGAAUAGGUUCAGCAUCUUGGGCCACAGCUUGGGGGGCAAUGUUGGAGGAAUGUUCUGCUCAGUGUUCCCGGAGAUGGUGGACAAACUGAUCGUGCUGGAUGGAUUUGGAUAUUUUCCAAUUGACUCCAAAACUGCUCAAAUGCGACUUAAGAUAGCCAUCACUGAGCUUAUGAAGCUGGAGAAGGAGCAGGGCUCACCCAGAGUGUAUACCCCAGAUGCUGCUCUGAAGAGGCUUUUGCAGGGAAAUAAAUCGAUAACAGACGAAAGUGGCAAAAUCCUGUUGCAGCGGGGAACCUCCGAGGUACAUGGAGGUCUUGUGUUUACCAGAGACCUGAGAAUCAACCUGCUCUCCCCCACGAAGCUGACCAUAGACCAAUUUCUAGAGUUUCAGAAGAAUAUCACAGCGGAAGUACUCCUUAUAUUAGCAAAAGACGGGCCGUGGAAGGAUGACAAGUGGAGUCCCGACCUACCACCGUAUAAUCUCUUGCUGGAGGGAUACAGGAAUGUCUCAAAGCAGUUCCUGCUGGCGAAGGUUGAAGGGAGUCACCACGUCCAUUUGAACGAGCCCGAGAGAGUUGCGGGACUCAUCGGUGACUUCCUGAAGGCGGAUAUCGUCUCUAAACUAUGAGGGCAGAUAGUUACGGGGGCUGCUCCGAGCCGAGGAGAAGAGAUGACCCACAGGCGACAACAUUCAGUGACAAAUCCAUCAGGUGUACGGAUCGUAAAUAAUCAACUGUACCUCAGCAAGAAGCGUAAUCGCCAGUGAUGUGAAAUUAAUUGAUCCUAUAAUGGAGAUGUAGAGAGGAAGAACUAAUUGUUCGGAGUUAACGAACAAUGAAGACUUCGCCCCUUGGUGAACAGGAUGAAAUACGGAAUUAGCCAUCAGGCUGUUGAAUGGUUUUUAAUUCUCUUUAAUUCGCAGGUUAGAACAUUUUAUCUUUUCAGUAUUAGACAUUCAUUUAAAUUGGUGCUUUCAAAGAUGCAGCUGCUUAGAUAGCAUGACAUGCUCGGUGGGCAGAAGACUCGGUGGGCCAAAGAGCCUGCUUACACGCUGUAUCUUUAAGCUAAACUAAACUGAACUGCCCACUAGCCCUUGAUCUGGCUAAUAAUAGACAAUAGGUGCAGGAGUAGGCCAUUCGACCCUUCGAGCCAGCACCGCCAUUCAAUGUGAUCAUGGCUGAUCAUCCCCAAUCAGUACCCCGUUCCUGCCUUCUCCCCAUAUCCCCUGCCUCCGCUAUUUUUAAGAGCUCUAUCUAGCUCUCUCUUGAAUGCAUCCAGAGAACCUGCCUCCACCGCCCUCUGAGGCAGAGAAUUCCACAGACUCACCACUCUCUGUGAGAAAAAGUAUUUCCUCGUCUCCGUUCUAAAUGACUUACUCCUUAUUCUUAAACUGUGGCCUCUGGUUCUGGACUCCCCCAAUAUCGGGAACAUGUUUCCUGCCUCUGGCGUGUCCAAGCCCUUAACAAAUCGGAAGGUGUUACGUCAAUGGCAAUUUUUCUGUGGGAGAUAUCCCGGAUUGAGUGUGGGAGUGGGAAUAGAGACACUGGGCUUUGACAGGAGAAGCAAAGACUGACAUUUAAUAAAAUGAUUGAGAUUAUACAAACAGGAGGCAUCUCAACCAAUACAGUUUGAAGGUUUGACUUCACUGGAGGUGAGAAUGUGCUUUUUCCCCUCCCCACCUGCCACCGAUUCACUAAAACCAAAACCUCCUGUCCCAGUGCCAGGGAUCCAACACUCUCGGGGGGUCGGUACAUGUUCAUAAGUGAUAGUAACAGAAUUAGGCCAUUCGGCCCAUCAAGUCUACUCCUCCAUUCAAUCCUGGCUGAUCUAUCUCUCCCUCCUAACUACAUUCUCCUGCCUUCUCCCCGUAACACCUGACUCCCGUACUAAUCAAGAAUUUAUCGAUCUCUGCCUUAAAAAUAUCCAUUGGCGGUCAUGGUGGCGCAGCGGUAGAGUUGCUGCCUUACAGCGCUUAGCAGCGCCGGAGACCCAGGUUCGAUCCCGACUAUGGGUGCUGUCUGUACGGAGUUUGUACGUUCUCCCCGUGACCUGCAUGGGUUUUCUCCGAGAUCUCCAGUUUCCUUCCUAUACAUAAUUUGAAUUCCUGUUCUACACGGUUAAUUGCACUCGCUAGGAUUCAUUUCUGAACGUUCCCAGUUGUAACAGUUUGUCUACAAACGCCUGUAUCCGGCACCUGGCUGUUAAUAAUGAUGUUAAUAAAUAGUUUGAGCUUUUUGCUCUGAAACUCCA